AUGAUAAAGAUACUGACAUGCCUAAUAUCAUUGCAACUGGUACAUUCUUUGGAAGAUGCGAUUGACGUGAAUGAUAUUUUAUCGGAGGACCUGAUGCCUACGUCCUUGCUAAUUUGGGAGAACCCAGAAAAAGCUCGAAAGUUUAAAAAUGAUAGUGCUAGUGAAGUGACUAAGUUCAAAUCUGAUGGAAGACUUACAAAUGCUAUGGAGACUAUGGGAUUUCACAGGACAAUGAUGAACCAGUAUUUAUGUAGAAGUUACAUAGCAGACCGCAUUGUAUCUAACAUGACACUGACAAGGAUAAAGAGACGAAUGGGUCACUCUAGUGGAGAACAAGCAAAUUUCACUGAUGUCGAAAAUAAGGCAGCGUCUCUUAUAAAAAACAAUCUGAUGAAUGACGAAGGGUCUUCGGGAUACCAGGACUGGCUUUUAAAGUAUGAAGUAUUAUGCCGUAUUUGGCUUCGACUGAAUUAUAUGUUUAAUGCUAUUAUUUUACUAUUUCUUUAG